AUGCGCAUCCACGAGAGCGGAAUUGACCGCUCUCCCGACUCACCCAUUACGCCAAACCCCACUGCUACUUCAUCACCCAAAGAGCGCACCACCGUCAUCGCGGCUGACACCGCCACCGCCGACUUCACCUGCCCACACUGUCCACGCACAUUCACCUCUCGCAUCGGCCUGGUCGGCCACUUGCGAAUCCAUCUCACAGAGACUGGCGAACCAGUGUCUGGAGCCCCAACCUAUACCCACCACGCUCGACUCAACUGCCCACGCUGCCCUCGCACUUUCAGGCAUCGCAUGGGCCUAUUAGGCCACAUGCACAUCCACGAGAGCGGAAUUGACCGCAAUUCCGACACACCCACCACAUCCAUCCCAUCCAACAUGCCCAACCCCAUCCUCGCUCCAUUGCCCUGCGCGCCCAUCACCACCGCCUCCUCUGUAGCUGACACCGACACAAUCGACUUCUCAUGCCCACACUGUCCGCGCACAUUCACCUCACACACCCGCCUGGUUGGUCACCCACGAAGACUGGCGAACCAGUGUCUGGAGCAACAACAUACACCAGACGCACUCCAUUCAACUGCCUGCACUGCCCGCACACAUACGGCCCUCUAUGGGUCUGCUUGA